GUGACUUUCUCCACCCUGAUGAUAUCUUUGGGAAAGGAAGAUGAAAUCAACAUUAUUAAUAGCUAAUCAUGUACCUACAACUACUGUUUCUUAUUUUUUUUUUCAUCGUUUCUUUCAUUUCCCCUUCCUUGUUUUCGAUCCAGGAGAUUUACCUACAUGCAUGAAUUUUUCUCACAGGGGGGUAGAAUUUCCUGAGUACUGCGCGUGCGACUGGCGAGGUGAGCAGAUUCGUGACCUACUGUGCGAUGGCUCCCUCCACCAUCACCCUGGCUCACAAAGCGCCCGGCCUUGGCGCCCUCACCGCCACCACUUCCCCUGUUGCUAUCACGGACAUGGAAAACAAAGACCACUUGGCAACCUUGAGAGUCAGCGGCAAAUGGGGCCUCAUUAUGACAACCGUGAACUUGGUGUAUGGGUAUGUGAUGGUCGCCGCCUACCUUCCUCCUGACCCGCGCCAGGAAGGAUGGGUGCUGAUGCGCUCUCCGCUGCCCACCUACGUUCUCACUGUGGUCUACCUGGCGGGCGUUACAUGGCUCGGCCCAAAGUUUAUGGAAGGGAGGAGCUCAUUCUCCGGCAUGCGCCCCGUCAUGGUGGUGUACAACGCCUUUCAAGUGUUGUAUUCUGCGUGGCUCGUGUAUAUGAGUGGAAUGGGCGGUUGGUUCGGGAGCUACAGCCUACGCUGCCAAGCUUGUGACUUCUCCAGUAACCCAAAGGCCAUGAUGAUGCUACACGGCAGUUACUGGUACUACGUCUCAAAAUUUGUGGACUUUUUUGAUACCGUGUUCUUCGUGCUGAACAAGAAGUACGAACACAUCUCUGUGCUGCACGUGGUCCACCACUCCCUCAUGCCGGUCAGCAUGUGGUACGGGGUUCGCUAUCAGCCAGGAGGCAACAGCACUCUGAUGGGUUUCCUCAACUCCAUCGUGCACACUGUCAUGUACACUUACUACCUGCUGGCAGCCUUGGGUCCUCGCGUGCGGCCUUUCUUAUGGUGGAAGAAGUACCUCACCACCCUUCAGUUGGUACAGUUCAGUGCAGUGAUGAUCCAUAUAAUACAGCUGGCGUUCAUUGACUGCCCCCAAGUGCCGGCCAGAGUCUCCCUGUGGGUGUUUGGGAACGCCACCAUGUUCCUCCUCCUAUUCUCUAACUUUUACAAAAAAUCUUACAUGGAAAAAAAGACAAGGAAGCAGCAAAUGGUCACCUCUGCCGCGAACACCAGCACCCAGAACAGUCCUAGCGCCUCGAGCGGAACGUGCAGCGGCCCUGACAGUAUGACCCGCCUGCGUGUGACCGAUGGCGUGGCUCACAAGACGUUAGGAGUGGAAGUUUUGGAAGCUUCAGUGACAAGCCAUCUGAGAGCACUUUAGCUGGCAACUCUUCGUGGUUUUGUGAAUAUGUGUGUGUGUGUGUGUGUGUGUGUGUGUGUGUGUGUGUGUGUGUGUGUGUGAGAGAGAGAGAGAGAGAGAGAGAUGGCAUUAAUUGUGUUCAGCUCAGAGCAUGACGAGCCAUCAGGGAGUGAGAGAUGAUGUGCAGCCAGGCGUCAUUCUUUAAUCAAUUUACUCUUUACAAUAUUGUAUUGCAUCUUUAUAUUCCAACGCAAAUAUUUUCUUAUCAAACAAGAACCAUGCUGAAUACGUAUAUUUACAAAGUGACGUAACAUCCACUAAUAAAUAUGCAGUGUUCAGGGGGGAUUAUGUGUAUAUUGCUGGUUACUUUCCACAUUUAUGGUUAGUGUAAAAUUAGCUGUAUCACGGCGAUGUACAGCUGGAGCUGUUACUUUGCGAACAUUAUCUGAUACACGUUAUUAUAUGUGAUGGCAUAUCCUAAGCAAGAGGUCGACGUCUCAGUAGAAGACGCUGUGAGUCAAUUUGAAACAUCCUUGCGCACAUAUUCAAAAGGAUUAUUCACACCAAAAUGGAAAAUAAAAGAAAGAAAAAGUAAUGCUCCAGACAUUCUUAAACUAUGACACCACGAUCAACAUCCGUCGAAAUUUGAUUUAAUUGAUUUAAUCAAACGGGAAAUUGCAUUGUUUCAAUAAUGCUACAGGAAAACCAUCACAGAUUCUAAGAUACCUCACUGCAACACGAGCAGCAGGUAGUCACUUGCGUGUGACAGAAAGGUCUCUCAAGGGACUCCAGGAUAUGCCCUCGAUACCCAACAAUGCCACUGCCUGAUCACAAAUUUAUACACAAGGACAAAGGACAUUCCAAAGAAAUACAGAGAAUACCAUAGAGCUCAUAAAAUGUCAUCAGAAAAAAUGGGAAACAUCAGAAGGCCAUUUUUGCAGACAUCACGCACGAGAACAACACACUCCGCGCCCUCCACAUAAAUACUCAUCUCUUUUUCCAAUUUACGGAUCGCCUCGAGACAAAUCACUGCAUAUCGGCACUACUUGUAAUGGAGAUUAUUCACAAGCCAAAUAUAAAGCUACAAGUUACUAAAUAAUGAUUAUGCAAAACACAGGGCAGCGCGAGCUUUUGCUUGAGUGCUGCCUGGAUGUGAACGCAAUGAACACUGAGUAUUCAUUCACCUGGAAUCCAACAGACGGCAGUGACAGGUACUCUUGGAAUUAUAAAAUGAUAAAGGGGCAUGUUUUAUGCAUGCCACAGUUGAAGUAUAAAAAUGAUUUAUCAACGUGCUGCCUAUCAUUUUUCAGCGUACACAACCUACAUCUUCACCAUCAUUGUCUUCAUUGCAGUCAGAUGGCCAAAGUAACAGUAUUUCCUUCGGUGUGAGGCGUUACUUGUUAGUCACUCUCGCAUGGUGGUGUAUUAUAACCGAGGCUAAGGCUUCGAUACGUAAGGCUCAAGACAUCUGUGUGUUUCAUAAAAUGUAGCUUUUUUUUUAUUGUGUGUGUGUGUGUGUGUGUGUGUGUGUGUGUGUGUAUGUGUGUGUAUGUGUGUGUUUUAGUUUCUACAGUGUGGA